UAACAUCUUUGUUGCGGAGGCACUAAGGCACAAGAAUGUAGGCGUCAAGGCAAUUGAAACCCUGACUCAGUUAUUUGAGAUCGGGCACAGCCCAACAUCAGCUCUGGCUGUACUUAAAAGUGAUUUGUUGGCUGAGCAUGGCAACAAAUAUGUAUAUGCCUCAGCCAACCGUGCCAUUUGCCCAGAUCUUCAGUUUUGCUACAGGUGUGUUUGGUGAUUCAGUGUCGAUGUCAGUGAUGGAGGGAGAUUCUGUCAAUUUAAACACAGAUGUUACUAAAAUACAUAAACACGAUGAUAUACUCUGGUAUUUUGGACCAAAUCUUGUAGCUAAAAUCUUCUCCACAUUUGAUGGUCCUGAUGGGAGAUUCAGAAACAGACUGAAACUGAACAAUCAAACUAGAUCUCUGACCAUCACAAACAUCACAACUGAACACGCUGGACUCUAUCGACUAGAGACAGAUGGAGAGAACUUUUCAUCAAAAACUUUUAAUGUUUCUGUCUAUGCUCGUCUGCCUGUUCCUAACAUUACCAGAGUCUGUUCUGCAUCAUCAUCACAGCAGAAUUGUUCAUUGUUGUGUUCAGUGGUGAAUGUGGGUCAUGUGACUCUCUCCUGGUACAAAGGAAACAGUUUAUUGUCCAGCAUCAGUGUGUCUGAUCUCAGCAUCAGUCUCUCUCUACCUCUGGAGGUGGAAUAUCAGGAUAACAACACCUACAGCUGUGUGCUCAACAAUCCCAUCAGAAACCAGACGAGACAUCUGGGCAUCAGUCAACUCUGUCACACAUGUUCAGAUCUUCCAGAAGGCUCAGGCUCUCUGAUAGUGUUGACUUCUGCUGGAUCUCUGUUGAUUGUAGCUGCAGUCGGGAUGUGCUGCAUUUGCUGGAAACACAGAAAAACUGAUAAAAAAGUUCAUACCUGUGAAGACGUGAUCACUUUUGCUGUUAUGUUACACGAUUCAACAUCCUAUGAAAAAAACGCACAUAAAUCAAAACUUGAAGAGGAUGUUCAUGUGGUGUAUAUGCGCCUUUUGCCAGAAGAUGAUCUUAAACCUUUAUCAGAUCCAGCUGUGUCAUCCUCUUCAGCAGGAACUUAAGAUUCUGAGUCUAUGGUUUUAGGAUUGGUGAGAAUCACCACAUGUACCUGUAUAUUGACUUCAACAAAAAUAAAGCAAAUGUUAUGACUAAUAACUUUUUUUAGUUAUUAUUAUAAAAGUAUGAUAUUCAGAGAUGGACUUGUGUCCCUAAAUGCAGUUCGGUGGAAAAACAUCUUCUGCAUGAGCAGUCAGUCUAUUACUGGAUGUUUCUGGUUGAUGUCAGUUUGUGAGCGUGUGUCUGAGGUGUGAAUAGCGUGUGGUUAAAGGGAAUUGUUUUUUUCCAUUCCUGCUAGUAUGAAAAAAAAAAGA